AUGAAACGCUUCAGUAGCUGUUUGUAUAAAAAAUACAGUGGUUCAUUGUGUUCUAUAAAAUAUGUUUCCACAUCUGCCAAUAUUCAUCCUAAAACUGAAAUUGUAGCCUAUCAAAAUAAUUUGUUCGACAACGAACAAAAACGGCAAAGAGAAGCCGUUGGUCGUAUUGAAAAGAUUACAGUAAAAUACAUUGGAGUGCCUGAAAAUGUCACAUUGUCCAUGAACAAGGGUAUUUCGACCCCUUUUCAUUGUGCUCAACACAUAUCUGAAAUGUUGGUUAAAAGAAGUGGAUUGGCCUUAAUCGAUGACACACAUUUAUGGGACAUGCAUAGGCCACUAGAAUCAGACUGUGAACUGACUUUCAUGCAUGCACAAUAUCUGCCAGACCCAUAUCAUUUCAACAGAGCGUAUUGGCGCAGUUGUUCGCUUAUACUAGGAGCCGUAAUUUCUAAAGCUUUUAAAACUGACAUUCAACCAACUUUACACAGUUUUCCUUCACCUAAUGUGAAAAGUGGAAGCUUUGUUUAUGAUGUGGAGUUAUUGAAUUUACCAGAAUGGGCUCCAACGGAAAAUGAACUUCGAAUUUUGUCCGCCAAUAUGGUUAAAUUUGCAAAAAAAUCUUAUAAAUUUGACAGACUUGCUGUUUCUGAAGAGCUUGCAUUAGACAUAUUCCAGGAAAACAAAUUUAAAAAAGAACAAGUACCAAAUAUUGCACAACAAUCAAUUGAUAAAAAGGUGGUUUUGUACAGAAUUGAUGAUCAUAUUGAUAUAAGUAGAGGACCUAUGAUUGGUAAUACAGACUUAUUGGGACGCUGCAGUAUAACUGCGGUACAUCGCUUAGACACCAAAAAUGGCCAUUUAUACAGAUUUCAAGGAGUCUCUUUACCUGUAAAUAUUAUGUUAAACCAUUUUGCUUAUUCUUUGUUAGAGCAAAGGGCAAAAAAAUUAAAUGCAGCAAGGUGGGUAGAUCAGGCUCAAAAUGAUACAUAUGUUCCACAAUUUUCUCGGGAAGAAACUGCAGCAUAA